AUGGAUAUUGCGUUGAAAAUCGCAGAAGUUGCCUGGCAAAUUAAAUUACUCGUCGACAAAGUUCGAGCAAACAAUAAACGAUGUCAACGUUUGAAUGAUCGAAUUUCGGUUCUCGUUCCAUUGAUUCAACAGCUGCAUGGAAAGAAAACAUUGACAACUAAAUUUACGGCAGCAUUAGAGCGAUUACUCGACUGCGUUGAACGUUGUUAUGCAUUUAUAAAUAAAUUUACUGAAAGUAAUUGGUUUGUACGAGUCUACGAUCAAGCAUGUCACCGGAAUACAUUUGAUGAGCUCAAUGAAACUCUUUAUUCUUGUGCCGGAGAUUUAAAUUUAGCUUUAUCCGUGCAAAAUCAUUUCAAAGGCACACAGGACGAUCGUGAUCGACGUGAUGAUCGAGAUUUUUUGUCGAAAAACUUCGACGAAAUCAUUCGUUUACAAAGUAAAUAUUCACAGCAACAUCAAAAGCAAUUAGUUAAUAUUGAACGCAUGUGUCAAUCAUUGAUCGAUAAUAACAAACAGAAUCUCGAGGCAAUGAUGGAUGAUUAUAAACGGCAAGCAAUGUAUGAAGAGGAAAAACUUUUCGUUCAUGUGCAAUACAGUCAAGUUAUACUCGAACAAUUGAUCGCAACUGCCAGUUCGGGUAAUGUUUACAAGGGACGAUGGAGCAAUUCAAAAGUAGUCGUGAAAGAACUGAAGAUAUCGGCUAUGAAAGGGCAAGAACGACAAGAAUUCGUCAAAGCAGUAACUAUGCUCACACGUAUUCGACAUGAAAAUAUUGUGCAACAUCUUGGUGCGUGCAUUGAAGAACCCGAUCGUUAUCUUGUGAUUAGUGAACUGUUGCCGUUGGGAUCCUUGAACGGUAUUUUACGUAAUAAAGUAUUAGAAUUCACUUGGCCAGAUCGCUGGUCAAUCGCCAAACAGAUCACUAGUGCUAUUCUCUAUCUUCAUACGUAUUGUUCACCGCCGCUCAUUCAUAAAGAUAUUAAAUCGUCGAAUAUUCUUCUGGAUUAUUAUGGAGGUGAUCGUCGAAAAUAUCGGGCAAAAGUAAAUGAUUUUGGAUUAGAUCAAAUUCAUGGUAGCGUUGGUACUCUAGCUUGGUCUGCACCAGAAACUCUUCGAACGAUGAAUCGACGUGUAUUUAACGCAGCAAGUGAUGUUUAUAGUCUCGGUGUAGUCAUGUGGGAAUUGGCUACAGGCGAAGUGCCUUAUGCUAACCAGUCAUCUGAAGAUAUUAUUCGAUGUAUUUGCAGUGGUCAACAACUAUCGAUUUCUUAUGAACACAUUUCGCGAAUAUAUGCGAAUAUUCUAUAUCAAACAUGGAAUGAAGACACCGAUGAACGUCUAUCAUGCGAGCAAGUGUACGUUCGUCUAGUCAUCGGUGCUAAACGAGUUGAUUCCCAAGAAGAUUUGUGGCCUGAUACUAUAAAAGCAUCCAGCAUUCGUCUCGAUCCGCCCAAUGUUUUAGAUCAUCUUUUGACAUUGAAAUAUCAAUCAGCUCAACCAAUCGAACAGCGCAAUAUCGAAGCAGUCAACAAAGCUGCCCAUGAAUUAUUACAGUUGAAGAAUAGAAAUCCGAAACCGAUUCCGGCAAUGUCUGUUGAACAUUUGAUAAACAUAGGUGAAUCAUUCUUGGAAACGAAGACUGGCGAUAACUCUUAUAUCAGUGCAGCUUGCCAAUUAAUUGGUCUUUUUACUCAAAACUCUUCCAUGAACUCAAUUAUUGUUGAACAAGGUGGAGUUUCGUUUCUGCUUCAAGUAAUUCAAACAUUUGCUGAUAAAGACCGAACGAUCGUAAAACAAGCAGGUGAGGCUCUCGGUAGAUUAAAUACUGACGUUCCAGACGAUUCGCUCACGAACAAUCAAACUCCUGGUCGACCUGAAACUGAUAAAAAACUUAAAAAAAAAUCAUCUUCAGCUGUGACAAGCAAUUAUGACAACGAUCCAACGCUUGCCUUACGACAAGUAACGAAUCGAGUUCAAUCAGAAGGUUAUGCGGAUCAAAAAGUGCGGACGAUGAUCGACGAACUACCUGAAAACACUCCAGAUGAAACUGAUGAGAAAGUAUCGCAUAAGAAAAACUCCAAGCAUGCUUCUACAGAGAAAAAGUGGCGCGUUGCACAUAUUUUUAGUAACAAACAUUCUACACAGAAGAAAUAA